AUGGCAGAUCCCCUUUUUUUGGACUUUUUACAAAAAGUUCAGGAAGGUGAACAAAAAAGAAAUGAGGCGAACGAGCUUCAGCAUAGUCUCAGCCACAACGAUAACCAUUCUCACAAGCAUAAUGCUAGACAAAAUAUUUUUAAAUCCAGUUCCAUGAAUAGGAAGAGAAGAGCCUCCAAUGAGGGCUACCGAAACGGAAAAAGCGCUGAUUCAGCAUUGAAGAGGCGUAAAGCAGUUCCAAAGGAUGAGGAUGAAGUACUUGAUGAGCCAAUAUUUGAUGCAGAACCACCGAAAUUUAUUGGCUUUCUUGACUUGCAGCGCGUUGAACAUGCGACCAAGAGUUUACAAAAAAGCGCCAAAGUUAUUCUAUCGCAAGCCCCUGACUUCGUUCAAUUGAGAGAGCUACUAAACUCAAGGGAUCUUGAUAGUGCCACAAGAAGCGACUUGAAACAAAGCGAUUUGAUGGCAUUAGCAUCAAGAUUGAAAACAAAAUACAAGUUGGGUCAAGCACCAAUACUCGAUCAGAUUAUCAAUGAAACUCUCAUACUUACUGAAGAAGACAAAGAAAAGUUAACUGAAUUAGUUGUUGAACAAGGUGGAACCAAAAAUCAAAUUGCUAUAGCACAUGUUGCUCCUAAUGAGAUAUCACCAAAUGGAAUUGAGCACACCUUACCAAACUUACCCCUAAUUAGUGAUAUCCACUUGUUUGAAAGGGUUUUUACCCACAAGUCCAAUGUCAAUAACAAGACCUAUCUCAAUGACCGAAACUUGAUUAAUAGCCACAAUGAAAGAUUGGAGUUUCUCGGUGAUUCGGUUUUGAAUAACUUGGUGACUUUAAUCAUUUACGAAAAUUUCCCUACCAGCUCAGAAGGUACUUUGUCAAAAAUUAGAGCAGAAUUAAUCAAUAAUAAAGUGUUGAGAGAUUUUGCAAUAGAAUAUGGCUUUGAUCAAAAACUAAGAACCAAUGUAUCCAAAGAAAUGAUGCUGAUGGGUGAAAAAAAAAUAUAUGCUGAUGUAUUUGAAGCUUAUAUUGGUGCAUUGAGUUUGGAAAGGGGGCUUGAUUUGGCCGAAGUGAGAAAGUGGUUAGAAAAUCUUUAUAAACCUUUGAUUGAAAAUCUCGAAAAAAAGUAUAUUGCUGAGCUUAUUGACAAAGAAGCCAAGACCGAACUAUACGCACUUAUUGGAAGAGCUGACGCGCGUCCAGAGUACGUCACUGUCAGCGACGGCGAUGGUUUGAAUAAAAAGUUUGUUGUUGAGUGCAGAAUGGGAAACGAAGUUUUGGCAAAAGCAGAGGAUCACAGUGUCAAAAAUGCGGGCCUACGUGCUGCCAUGAAGGCAUUGAAAAACACUGCAGCUUUGGAAAAAUAUGUGAUAGAAAGACAAGCUAUUGAACGCCCGAUAAAGCAAUCCAGAGUCGAGCGUUUAAGGGAAAAGAAAAUAGAGAAAAUGAAAAAGUUGAAAGAGCAAGAAGAAGCUGACGAAACGUCAACUGAAGAAACGCCUAAACGUCCCGAUUCUCCUAUUCGUACGUCCAUGUUUCCCAUUGAAGUCUUUGAUGACGUCGAUGUUGACGUUGAUGCCAAAAACAAAUUGUAUGCCACAUUGGGUGAGAAAACAGGGACCAAGCCCGAAUACAUUCUCAAAGAAUCCAAAAAUGGUGCGCAUACAGUGCAAUUAUUAGCUCGAAAAUUAAUUGUUGCUACAGCUACUGACAGGUCGAAAAAAAGGGCAACUGCGAGGGUCGCUGAUGCUGUGAUGAAAAAUCCCGAAGCUUUAAGAGAGUUGUGUAAGCGAUUUGACUGA